AUGUCAAAGAACCAAGAGGACUUCAACUCCUGGUUCGAUGAAUACCAGGCGAAGGUCAAGGUCCUGAACAACUCGGAUACUCCUUUCAGCUUUGAGAUCAAAGAGGGGGAUAGCCUUGUCGCUGGAGAUGUCAACCUCUCCACAGGUCCCGAGGACGAAUUCGAAUGCACCAUCGGUGUUAUCAAACCCGGAACAUGGGCAGUCACACGUCUGACACUCUACGAUGACGACGGCGACGACGACGAAGGAGACGGCUCGGAGGGGAUCGUGAAAGUCAUCAUGCAGCAUUCAUCCAGCGCAGACGAAGCCGCCGCAUCCCAGUGGGAGGAGGUGGGCAGCUUCAGCGUCGACAGCGGAUGCUGGUGCCUUCACAGUCUACGCGAAAUCGAGGCGAUGACAGCGGACUCUGGAGACCACGGGGCCGCGCUUGAGUGCCUCGCAGACUGGGCGAUGGACGUCGGAGCGAAGUUCCCGGGGGGCGUCGUUGCCUCUGGGGACGAUGGAGGAUACACGAUCCAGGGAAAGAAGGUCGGUGUCUCGUGGGUCGCAUUCAGGGUCCUAGGUUAA